AGGCUCAAGGAUGAUACUCAUAGAAGUCAGUGGAACGCCAUGACCACGGACGUCCCAGAGUUGCAUUUGGCAAAAUCCUGCCGUGUCGGAGUGGAAACCAAAGUGCCGAUCGAUGCUGAUCUCGGGCACCUGGGCCAUGACCAGCAGCUGGCGGGCAAGAUCUUGAAAAAGCGCCGUGAUGAAAUGGCACGGCGCAUGCGCUUGCUUGACCCCAGACAGCGAGUUGGCGGAGUGCCUCACGAGGUGAUUCACACUCAGAUGGCCGUGAAACAAAGUGCCCUAGAUGCUGAGAAAGCCGAAGAUGCAUUCUAUGCCCAGAGUGCUGUGUUGCAGGACCAAAUCUUGCAAGCGGUUGAGAGUAUGAAGGCCACGCGUGCCAGGGAGCGGCAAAUGGAAGUGGUGGAUUACUCACUGGCAAACUUGCGAAAGGAACAGCGCCGGGAGUAUGAACUUAGUGAUCCCAACGCCCUCAAGAAGUAUGUCCUGCCAGAUCCUGAUGAUCCAGCAAAUCCAUUGGGACCAAGCUCUAUGCUGAAGUUUUCUAGCCAGAGCCAACAAAGUGCAGAGAAGAAAAAGCAAGGCCAAGAAGAACUUUCGACCUGGCUGGCGGCACAGGUGCAGGAGAAGAAAGAUCGUCUUGCAUAUGAGCAAGAAUUUGAUCGCAUUCACGACGAGCGAGCUAUGCUGUCAGCGCGCGUCCGUGCAGUUUGUGAAGAUACGGAGAUGCAGGAGCAGCAGGACGCAAAGUGUGAAGAAGCAGCAGAGAAUGCGCGAUUGGCCAAGCUGGUGCUGGAACAGCGGAAGGCCAAAAAAGAAGCUGAUGAUGCAUGGAAGCAGCGCCACAUAGAGACAGUCAUGAACUCCGAGAGGAUGAACGAAUCGGUGGAUUCCAAAGUGGGCUUCACUGGAAGGCUGUUGAAGGCUGAGUACAAAAGGCUGUCCCUUGAACAGGAGCAGGAUGUCUACAAUUCCAAUGCGAGACAACUGAUUGACAAGCUGUCCACGAAGCAAGCCCACAAAGAGGAGGAGGCUGCUGAAGCCUCCAGAAUCAAUUGCUCUGUUGCAGUGCUAGGUGCACUUGAAGAAGAGCGCGUUCGACAGCAGCAGGAGCGAAGAAUGAGGAUCAUUGAAGAGAACAAAAGGCUUGCAGCAGCAAAGCGGGAAGCUGACAAGGAGGAGAGGAAAGAGUACUUCAAGUAUGACCCGUGACCAGAGGAUUGGCAUUGCGUACUUGGCACCCACUGAAUCGCAACAUGAUUUGGGCUGUGCCAUGGCCGGCACAUGUAGAAUUUCUGAUUCAUGCGCUCGCUUGCCAGUUUCACAAUCAAGCGGACAAAUUGUGUUCCUCGCAAAUGCGAGGUCUGACUUUGUUCAUAUGGAUGUUUCUCAUCAAGCAUAUUCUAGUAUAUUCUAGUAUUCUAUCGUCAGUUUCCCGUGAGCUUCCAUUCUUAAGCUCUCAAUGUGCGGCUCGCAGCCAGUUGGUCCAAUUGGCACCUGGUUUCACAAUUGCUACAUGCUCCCAGAGAGCUGGUGUGACUGACGGCAAUGAAAAAGA